UGUUCAGUUGUUCUUGCCUUGCACUUGCUAGAAAGCAGAAGUUACUACAAAACACUUCAUGGCUGCUCUCCAGAACGCAAUCCUGCCUAUACGUUUCUUCAAGAUUAUCCUUAAAUCAAAUCUUCACACCAUCAAAAUUCCCAACAAGUUUACUCAGAAAUGUGGAAGGGGCUUGUCAAAUCCAGUGUUUAUCAAGCCUCCCGAUGGAACUGAAUGGAAAGUGCAUUGGACAAAUCAGAACGGUGAAGUUUGGUUCAAAAAGGGUUGGAAGGAAUUUGUUGAAAAUUAUUCCCUAGAUCAUGGCCAUUUGGUUUUGUUUAAAUAUGAAGGAACUUCUCACAUGGAUGUACUCAUACUUGACCAGACUGAACUAGAAAUACACUACCCUCUUUGUGACACUCCUCAAGAAAAUGACAACCUUAACCAGAGUGACGAUGAUGAAUCAUCAGUUGUGGUUUUGGAUGAAUGGCCUCACCAAAAUGCUGUUACACAAUCGAGACCUCGAAAGAAAAUGAGAUGUGAGGAGGCUACUCGUGAAAGCACUAAAGCAUGCCUGAAUUGUCCGAAGGAAGCUAGAGCUCGUGGAUUGGCUGAAAGAUUCAUCUCAUGCAAUCCAUUUUUCACGGUUUUCAUAAAACAUUGUUAUCUACAAUCCAAGCUGCUAAUACGAAAUUUGGAAGGCUAUAUUGGUAACACGAAGGAUCAUGUGACGUUGCUGUUUGGGGAAAGAUCAUGGAUUGUCAAGUUGCUCCAUUGUAAUUGCCUCGGUUCUGGUUGGCUCAAGUUUACAAGGGAGGUCGAUAUACAACACGAAGACGUUUGUAUCUUUGAACUGAUUUGCGCAAAAAAUUCAGUUUUCAAAGUUCAUCUUUUCAGAAGCAAAAGUUAAAAUCCAUCUGCUUCGACUAUUUUUCUUCUUGGUUUGUUUUUUGGAAGGAAAUGUUACUUUCCGUUUGAAUGUGGAGUGUAACUUUUGGAUGUUGUAGUUAAUUUUUAGAUUUAAAGAACAUGUGCGCUCCAUCGUUAAGUUGGUGAGGACAAAAUUCAGACAAUAGUGUUCUUAUUUUGUGGUCAAAAUCUGUAUUUUA